AUGUAUCUAACUCCCGACGAUGACUCAGUAAAUCUUGACAUAUCACCUGAAGAGGAGAAAGAUAUAUUCAUUGUAAAUUUCCCAAAAAUCGCAAGACAUCAAUCUCCCAAUCCCAACUCGAAUCCUCCAAUCCGGACAUCGAAUACGGAGCAACGAGAGUCUUCAGCACAAUACGAUGGACAAGCCAAGCGCCUCUUCUCACCCCCACCCCACCCCAGCAAACCCACCAUCAACACCCACUCAAAGAUAAGAAGAAAAAAAUGA